AAUGGUAUCUUUUGGGAUCAAGUUGCUCCUCUUUGGGACAUAAAUCCUUUUAAAGAAAAAAUGAUCUGGUGUGGAUGAGUCCCGUUCUUUUGGAGGUCUCCGUCUCGUCUGAUCGUCUCCGGUUUCCUAGUCCUUCAAAGAAAAGAAAAAUUGCUGUUCAGCUUCCAUCCGCUCACAGAUACAGAGACACGAAAAAAGGGUAGUCGGAGAUUUUCCAUGGCGGCUUCAAAGCUCCAAGCUUUUUGGAACCACCCGGCGGGACCCAAAACCAUCCACUUCUGGGCCCCAACUUUCAAGUGGGUUAUCAGCAUAGCCAAUGUCGCCGACUUCUCGAAACCACCUGAAAACAUUUCUUACCCUCAGCAAUGUGUUGUCGCUUGCACUGGAGUUAUUUGGUCACGCUACAGCUUGGUGAUUAAGCCGAGAAACUUGAAUCUUUUCUGUGUGAACAUGGCGAUGGGUGGGACCGGGAUCUAUCAACUGUCUCGGAAAUAUCUGCAUGAUCGGGCUUCCGAAACAGAGGAGGCCGCGGCCAUGGCUGUGGCUAAGGAAUGAUGCAGGUUCAGGAUCUUGGCAUACUCUUCUUCGUUCGGACGGGGAAGGUUGGCUCUUGUUUGACGUCGGAGGCGACAAAUGUAUGAUGAAUUGAUGAUUUAGGUUGAUGGACCAUUCAUUCUGGAAUACUAUGUUUAAGAAUGAAAACAAUAAUUUACAGCU